AUGAAAUCGUCCAUCCUCGCCGCAACCAUGACAGCCCUCGUUGCCCUGUCAGCCGCAAGGCCAACAGCAAUCGAGGCUGAAUCCCGCCAAUUCCAAGUCUCCGUGACCUUUUACGGGGAAAACGACCAGUCAUACAGCCUCCUCGUUCCGGCUGAUCGGACGGUUGUUCACAUUGACAACCCCCUUAUCGUCCACAGAGUGACUUCACCCGGCGGCGGAUUCUGUACGUUUGUCGGUGUGGAGGGCGAGAGUGUAGUGAUUUACGCCGAGGAUGAAAAGGUGCUCAGUGUGCCGCAGGCGAUGAGUUGGGGGUCAUGUGGGAAUAACUGA